AGAAAUUUAACGUUUAAAUUAGUAAAAUAACAUUAUAAACUUGUAAUAAACAAAUCAUAAAAAAGUCCCUUCAUAUCAUGUAUAAUGUUAUUUGAAGUGAUUCAAGGAGACGAAUUAUCCGUAACUUGUUAUAAUAAUGGAUAUUGUUGUAUUAAUGGUCUGACGUUCUGCCGAUGCGAAUAAUGCGACAUAUGGAAACGCUCGCCCCACACAUACACAUGCACGGUAAACAGGCGCUAGAGUCGCUUAAGCAUGCGAAAAAUAUAACCUAACAACUGGAAACAACAGAGAGAUUUAAUUUAAGAAGAUAGGAAGAAUUAUAUCCAAACAUCAAGAUCGAAGAGAGCAAGAUAGUUUCAUUGAUCAAGAUAAUUAAAGACAGGUGUCAAUGUGUCAUAUAACCUCAAGGAGAGAUUAAAGGCACAAAUCCACCAUCCAGUGGAGCAACAUCAAAAACUCCCCCAAGCAACAGAGAUUACAGAAUACAGAGGCAAUCAACCAUCUAAUAUUCCUGACAACCCGACAGGCAACGCAUAUCAAAAAUCCUGUCCAUCUCCUGACCUUUAAACAAUCAGCUGAUCGUUCUGUUCUGCACAUGGCGUAAAAAAACAAGGUGUUGUAUUCUCGAGAACACACGUUAAAAAAAUAUGGGAAAGACCUCGAAGGACAAGCGGGACAUAUAUUACAGAAAGGCGAAGGAAGAAGGAUGGCGAGCCAGGAGUGCCUUCAAGCUGCUCCAAAUUGAUUCGGAGUGUCAAAUUUUUGAUGGAGUAUCCAAAGCAGUGGAUCUGUGCGCUGCGCCUGGCAGCUGGAGCCAGGUCUUAGCUCGCAAGCUGACUGAGAACUACAAGAAGGCCUUAGAAAAAGGUCCAGCGUCUCCACCAAAAAUCGUUGCAGUCGAUUUGCAAGCGAUGGCGCCUUUAGAAGGAGUUAUCCAACUGCAAGGGGAUAUUACCAAUACCAGCACGGCGGAGCAGAUCAUUGCGCACUUCGAUAACACCCGUGCAGACUUGGUGGUGUGCGAUGGAGCACCUGAUGUGACCGGUUUACACGACAUGGAUAUAUUCAUUCAAUCGCAGUUACUACUGGCUGCUCUGAACAUAGCUACUCACAUCCUGAGACCCGGCGGAACAUUCGUCGCGAAGAUCUUUCGCGCCAAGGACGUGACGCUUCUGUACGCUCAACUGAAAAUAUUUUUCCCUUACGUCUACUGUACGAAACCCAGCAGCUCGCGCAACUCGAGCAUCGAGGCGUUUGUAGUCUGUAAGGAUUACAGCCCGCCGGACGGCUAUGAACCGAAUAUGCUGAAUCCUUGGUUGACGGACGAGCCGUGCAAUUUCGAGCAGCUGACUGGAGUGAACAGAGUCGUCGUUCCGUUCAUCGUAUGCGGAGACCUCAGUCAGCCCGAUUCCGAUAUGAGCUAUCCGUUAAAUUACGGGGGUAAGGAAUACGAGUAUCACGAGCCGGUGCAAACUCCCAUAUCACCGCCUUACGCGGAAGCGUUGUUAAUUAGUAGGAGAAGGGCUGAGAAACGCGAUUCAACUUCAGAUCACAGCACCGAUCUCAGCGAGACCGACAUCAAAGCGGCGAUCGAACACGAAAAUGAGUCGUCAAUCCUCGGAAUCAAAUCGGAAUUGAUUUCUGCGAGUAAUGACUCCAACGAUGAGCCGAGUACAUCCGCGAGAACUGUGAAGAAUGAGAAAAGCGAUGAGAAAACAAUCACGGAUGGGUUAGAAAGCUUAUAUAAGCUUGACACUUCCGUUUCCGAUAACAGUACCGAUUUCAGCGAGAUUAAUAUCGAUGAAGCAAAUGAAGACGAAGAGGAGUCAUUGACAUCCGAAGUCAAACGAGCGUUGGUCGUCUCUACGGCUGAUGAACCUGAUAAUCAGCCGAAUACAGCGAGGAAAAUCACGAGAGAUGAGAGUAACGAAGAUAAAAAAGAUGCCGAUGCGUCAUAAAAUCACACAUCCAAUCAACUUAAAUCAACUAAUUGUAUCCAAGGAAGAAAUUAUACGGAUAACUAAUUAAACGCAUUGCAAAGUAA